AUGAGCGCAGUCGAUGUACAGUCCAUGCUCCCCCCUAUAUUCAAUGGCAAUGGACAUGUUGCUAAUGGUCACGGCGACUUCAAUGGUGCUCCAAGGGAGCCCAAGUUUGCUAGCGGGCUCAUCCUCCCGCCUCCAGAGAUCAAAUCUGUGAUUGACCGGACGGCGCUCUUUGUUGCGCGGUCCGCUAACCCUCCUCAGUUUGAGGACAAAAUCCGCGAGAACCAGCGUCAGGACCCAAAGUUUUCGUUUCUCAACUCGGCCGACCCUUAUCAUGCUUACUAUAGACACCGCAUGGAGAAGGUAGUACGGGGCGAGAUUGAUGAAGAGACCGUGCCCGACAAGGACGACAAGGAAGUAGAGCGCGUGGUUGAAGAGCGCGUGGUCGACAAUGGGAUCGAACCUCCCAUGCCAGAAUUCAUCCUCGACAUUCCCAACAUCAGUGCUAUUGAUCUUGACAUCAUGAAGCUGACGGCGUUGUUCACGGCGCGGAGAGGGCGUUCGUUCCUCGCAGCUUUAUCUGCAAGAGAAGGACGAAACUAUCAAUUUGAUUUUCUCAGGCCGACACAUUCCCUGUUCGGUUACUUCAAUCGCCUAGUUGAGCAGUAUUCAAGAGUUCUCCUUCCUAGUAAGGAGAUGCUAGCGCAACUGAAAGGACGAACCCAGGACGAUGCCCGGUGGAAAGAGCUUGAGAUAGCUCGAAAGCGAGCGCUGUGGGAACAGCGCAAACGAGAGAAGGAGAAGAAGCGUGAAGAUGACAAGGAAGCCGAGAGAAUUGCUUUCGCUGAGAUUGAUUGGCACGAUUAUGCUAUCGUGCAAACCAUCGAAUUUACAGCUGCGGAUGCAACUUCAGAGCUUCCUCCUCCAAUGAGCGUGCAAGAAGUCGAGAACAUGACUUUGGCUCAGAAGCGAAUGGCGGCGAUGGUCAUGGAGACCACAGCGGAGGAUGUUGAAGCUCAUCGUGCUCGCCAAGCCGCGGCGGAAGCAGAAGCAGCAGCCGCAGUUGGUGGUGCUGGAAUUCCUCUGGCAGGUGGUGUGGAAGAUGCAGCUAUGGAAGAAAGCGACGAUGAAGACAGGGAUGCUCAGGAGAGGAGGAGGCGCGAGGAAGAAGAGCGAAUGAAGGAAGUCGAGAGGGCGCGGGCGAUACAGGCUAACUCUCUGGACGCGGGUGCUCCCAUGAAGAUUAGGACAGACUAUGUUCCGAAGGUUGGCAAGAAGUCGGCGGAGAAGAUGACAACCUGCACCAUCUGUGGGCAACAAAUCCCUGUGGAUGAGUUACAGGAGCAUAUGCGUAUCGAGCUGCUUGACCCUAAGUGGAAAUCACAACGUGAUGCUUUGGAGGCCCGCAAGGCGCAAGCGUCCGAGUUGCAGCGCGGAGCGAAUGUCGUUUCGUCGUUGAAGAACUUGGCACGUACUCGUGUCGAUAUCUUUGGUGCAGAAGCAGACGAGGAGAAGCGCAAGAAAGAGGAAGAGGAGGAGCGACUACGCAGAAGAGAGAGGGAAAAGGUUGUUUGGGAUGGCCAUACCGCGUCCAAAGCGAAUACGCUCGACAAGUUCUCAACAAAUGUCAACUUCGACGAACAAAUUGCUGCCAUUCAUCGUGCGAAGGGUCUUGGCCCACAAGAGGUCAACGCAAUUGGCCCCGGCAUUGGCCCUGCAGCUGCUCCUGCUCCGAUGACCUCCCUCCCACCACCACCGGCGUCUUUGCCUGCUCCCCCCAUGCAACCCUCUGAUCCUGCAUAUUCUGCUGCAACAAUUUCUUCCGGACCACAGCCAGCCUCUUUGUAUUCUACACAGCCUGCGCCCGUCAUGUUGCCCCCGCUGCAUUAUCAGGGUAUGGAUGCGGCGCAGCCGUUUGGCUAUCAGCCACCUGCUGCUCCGCCUGUGAUGCACCCGGCCCGCGUCGCGGCUCUCGGCGCAACACCAGUUGGGACGCCUCCACAAGCGGGCAUGGUGAGGAGUGCCGAUGAGAUGAUGGAAGGCCAUGUAGACGAGAUUCCGCCAGCGAAGCGGCAGAAGAUAGUGAAGGUACCGGGAACACGGCUGUACGCUGAGGAAGAUUGGAUCAACAUGCACCCGCAUCCAAUUUCACUGAUCGUCCAAUUGCCUAACGAUCCGUCAAAGCCAGAGUGGAAACUUGACGGCAGAGUUACCACCAUUCCGGAUGUGCCCCUCAAUUUAUUGGUUUCUACGCUGCGUGAUCGCAUUUUACAGCAUACGGGGAGCCUUCCCGUCUCGCGGAUUAGGCUAGCAUACGCAGGGCAAAUGUUGACCAACGCGAACACGAUUGCAAGCUAUAAUAUUGAGGAUGAGGAUCUAAUAGUGCUCAGUCUCAGAGACCCAAAGAAAAAGUAG